AGGGGGGGGACGCGGUCCCGCCGCGCCCCUUGCAGACUCUGGGGGAUGGGGGGGAGCCGCCUAAGGCAACCCAAGUCCACGGCCGGCAGGGAUUCCCAUGGUGGCGCUUUGCUGCUGCAUGAAAGGGGAAGAUCGCUGGAUCGGCUAACAUUAACACCCUUCUCUCCCCGCCCCGCAAGGAUGGUGACCGACGUGCAACUGGCGAUUUUCGCCAACAUGCUGGGCGUGUCGCUCUUCCUGCUCGUUGUCCUCUAUCACUACGUAGCCGUCAACAACCCCAAGAAGCAAGAGUGAGGAUUCCUUCUCACACACACCCCCCUCAAGCAGAGCAGACACCGCCAGCGUCGUGCCUGGGAGAACAACAGCCUCUUCCUCGCUGUUCCCUUGGACAAGAACAAACCGCCUGUAGCUAGGAUGGGACAGACUGGGAUUGAAAGCAAGGGGUGGCACAGCAGGGCAAAAAUGAGCUCUCUCUCUCUUUUGUUGUCAAACAAAAUUUAUUAAUAGAAACAUGUUACAAGACAA